AUGGCGCGGCUGCUGUACCACGAGAAGCAGACGUCGAUGCUGUGCGGCGUGCACGCGCUGAACACGCUGCUUCAAGGCCCGUACUUCAGCGCGCACGACCUCGCGGCGAUCGCGACGGAGUUCGACGAGCGCGAGCGCGCGCUCAUGCGCGAGUCCGGCGUCGAGAGCGCGGACUUUCUGAGGUACAUGGCGGAGGACAGCGGGAACGCCGCCGCGGACGGGAACUUCAGCAUCCAAGUCCUGACGAAAGCGCUGGAGGUUUGGAACCUGACGUGCGUGCCCGCCACCUCGCGCGAGGCUGGGAGCGCGUGGAGGUCGCCCCAGGACGAGGUCGCGUUCCUGUGCAACCUCGACCAGCACUGGUUCGCGGUUCGACGACGAGACGACGUGGAGAGCCCGAGCGUGCACGCGGGCGGCGGAUUCGGCGGGAAGAAGGGCAGCGCGCCCAAACCCGGGGGGUGGUGGAACUUCAACAGCAUGUUCCCCGCGCCGCAGCCCAUCUCGGAGCUGUACUUGAGCGCGUUCCUCGCGCAGCUGAAGGAGGAGGGGUACAGCAUCUUCGUCGUGCGGGGCGCGCUGCCCGCGGCGGCGGACGCGAGCUCGAGCGGGACGUACGGCCGGUGGGUCAACGUCGAGGACGCGGCCGCGGAUAACAAGGCUGCCGACGCGGUGAAAGCCGCGGGGCGCGCGCGGUGCGCGGCGGAGCAGGCGAUGGCGAGGGUCGGCGCGGGGGGGCGCGCCACGUUGACGACGCUCGCGCGCGGCGGCGGCGGCGGCGGCGGCGGCGGGGAGGGAUCGGCGGACGACGCGGAGCUCCAGGCUGCGAUCGCCGCGAGUUUAGGACACGGGCACGGGCACGGGCAUGGCGGAGGCGCGGGGAAGAGGGAUUCCGCGGAGGACGCGGCCAGGGCGUUGGCCGCGAGCUUCGCCGGGGCGGGCGCCCCGAGCGCGGGCGGCGGCGACGACGCCGACGCGGACCUCGCCGCGGCGAUCGCCGCGUCGCUCGCGCAGUCCACCCCGCCGCAUUCGCAACCCCCGCCUCCCCCGAUGGCGCUGCCGCCCGUCCCCGACGAGCCCGCCGCCGGGGACCCCGCCGCGGUGACGCUCGCCGUGCGCGUCCCGAGCGGGCGCCGCCUGAGCCGGCGGUUUCGGGACGUCGACGCCGUCGCCGCGGUGGCGGCGUUCGUCGCGGCGGAGACGGGCGUGGACAUGUCGAGGCACGCGCUCGUGGCGGCGUUCCCGCGCCGGCCGCUGAGCGACCUUGGACGCACGUUGAAGGACGCGGGGGUGAAGGACAAGGAGGCGCUGUCGGUGGAGCCGCGCAGGUAGUCUAGCUAGUAGAACACCAAGGUACCUUCAAGGUGGAAAUUUCGCGCCUCUUCGCUCAGUGGCGAUUUUCGUCGGGUCGAAGAGUCGCGAUAAACGGGCACCUUCGCGCGAUCGAACGCAGUAGUCUCGGCGCGCGAUAGACACCGCGGGUUGAGAAAAUGCCGUUCGCCACCACGGCCACGAUGGCCGGCGCCGCCAUGGGUUUCGGGACGCAGCUGUUCAUCAACGCCCUUCGCAAGCUCCCGCUCUUGCGCAGU